AUGCUGCGAGUUUCACUGUCGUCGUGCGUUUUAUGGCGUCUGCACGGUGCCGUAGGGACCGCUUCGGCUGCUGUGGCAGCCUCUGUCGUCGUUACGUCCUCUUCAGUGAUGUCCGACGAAUGGGCGUCUCCCCCUUCCUCACUGGUCUCCGCGCGGCGCCGCUGUAGUGCGAGCACCUGCAGCGUCCACGGUACUUCCAGCAGCACAUUGCCUCAUUGCCCCGCCUCGUCUCCAUCCUCUACUCCAUCUACUGCCUCGAUGGAGACGGCCAUAUUGACCAGUGGUGCUACUUCGGGAGUCGACCCUGGCAGCGCGUGUCUGACGGCACACGGUGUCUCCGUUGCUUCUCUACGUUCUGCCUUUAGCGGCAGCUGCGGUGAGAGCGGCCGCAUUCGCGAGGGCGACACGGUCACCGUGCGGGCUCGCUUAGAGCGGACGCGCAGCCGCGGCAAGCGCCUUGCCUUUCUCCACCUCCGUCAGCCUCCCCUUGAGUCCGUGCAGGCUGUGUGCGAAGGUAAGGCGCUGACGAAGCAGGCGAGGAACAUUACGCCAGAGUCAAUUGUCGAUGUCACAGGGGUCUUGUGCCGCGCAGCCACCUCUGUGCAGUCGACCACGUGCCAGGGGUGGGAGCUGCAGGUGACGGCGCUGCAGGUCGUCAGUCAAGCGACCACCCCACUGCCAUUUCCAUACCACGACACGAACACAAAGCUGGACACACGCCUCAAUCACCGCGUCAUGGACCUCCGCACAGAGCAAAUGGCCGCGACGUCACGGCUCGUGUCGGCGCUCGGGCAGAGCUUCCGCAACGAGCUUCUCGCACUCGACUUCAUCGAGGUGCACACACCGAAGCUCCUUGGGGCCGCGUCGGAGGGAGGCAGUAACGUGUUUCAGGUGGACUACUUUGAUCGCAAGGCGUACCUGGCUCAAUCACCGCAGCUGCACAAGCAGAUGAUGCUGAUGGGCGACGCGAUGCGCGUGUUUGAGGUCGGGCCGGUGUUUCGCGCUGAGAAGAGUCUGACACACCGGCACUUGACAGAGUUCAUUGGUCUCGAUGGUGAGAUGGUGAUCAAAGAUAGUCACACGGAGGUGCUAGACGUCCUGGAGCCCGUCAUGUGUGCCGUUCUGGCGCAGCUCGCACAGAAGCACAGCAACCUUAUCGAUGCUGUCUGGAAGCAGCAGCAGCAGCAGCAGCAGGGGUUAGAGCUGGAAAACAGCGACGGUGGUCCACAGCCUGACCCUGCUACGGAGCCGCCUCGUUGUGACGGCCGCGGUAACGCGCAGCGUGAUGUGUGCUGCGAGGUAGCGCUGGAGCGGAUCGAGUUUUUAGGAAUCACUACGGAUGCCUCUCCAACGGCGCAGACACCAUUCAAAAUCUCCGCGCAAGGCGAUCCAUAUCACGCUCGCGUGGGCGGUGACGGUAGCGGGUGCCGUGUGCUUCGCAUGAGCUUUGCAAAUGCGGCACAGCUGCUGGUGAGCUGCGGUGAGUCAGAGGGCGUAGUUGACGGCGCACUGCCCGCUGAUGACUUUACGCUGCCGCAGGAGCGCCGCCUUGGCCAACUCAUAAAAGAGCGCUACGGGGUUGACCUCUACGUGGUCGAUGGGUUUCCCUCCUCCGCCAGACCCUUUUACACGAUGCCGGUUGACCCAUCAACGCCGGAUGGCCCGACGCGGAGCUACGAUAUGUACCUACGUGGGGAAGAGAUCUGCAGUGGUGCACAGCGUGUCCAUGAGAUAGAGCUGCUGGAACAACGACUCUUGGCGAAGCGCGUGGACAGGGUGGGUCUGAAAGACUACGUUGACUCCUUCCGCUACGGCGCGUGGCCACACGGCGGCUUCGGUCUGGGGCUCGAGCGCAUUGCUCUCUUGUUUCUUGGCCUCAACGACAUCCGGCAGGUGUCACUGUUUCCACGCGACCCGAAGCGGAUUAGUCCAUGA